AUGCCCCCAAAGUCCGAGCAGCCCGAGUACCCCUACCAGAACAUCCGCACCAAGAACUACUUCUGGGGUGACGGUGACAAGGUGAGCUUCACUCGACCAACAAAUACGAGAGGUAUAGCUAACAACUGCUCUCUUCAGACCAUCUUCUGGAACGACAAGGUCAACUACCACAAGAAGUCUGACGAGUAA